AAAGAUGGCGAUGAUCCAGAGUCAACACAGCUAAGGCAUCCAUUCGGUUUGCCACAUAUCGUGAGAUAGCCCUGGUUCAACCUCUUUGGAAACAUUUUCUCAAGAUGCACAUGCCAGAACAAAUGUGAUUUGUAUCAUCUUCAAGGUCAACGGAAUCCAAAUGCAGCAAGUAUUUCAUGUAGUAUGGAUUCAGUGAGUGGAUGCUGAUCGUGUGCGUUGGCAACAGAGCAAGGGUAAAUACUGAGACUGGAACUCCCUCAGCAUGCCUUCAGGACUAAUGAUAGAGUUGUCAGGCCAAGGCUAUAAACGGACCAACUUUGAUGAAGAUGAACUCACCUCCAAUGGUGGGACACCACCUGCAACAGAUUACAAUGCUAGUGUAGUCUUCAAAGGUGGCUGGUUGUCAUGGCACAGAAGAAAUACUCAAGAAAAGGUGCUCAUUGUGGUGCUGGUAUUGAUGACAGUUGCACUCAUUGUGCUAGCAUCUUUGCUUGCUGUGAAAGAUGCUGCCAUCAGGCGUCUAGACCAGCACAAAGGAAAAGAUGUAUGCCUUACACCAGAAUGUGUGACCAUUGCCAGCUCAUUGUUGACCACCAUGGAUCGUUCCAUUAAUCCAUGUGAUGAUUUUUAUGAGUAUGCAUGUGGUGGAUGGAUUAAAACCCACCCUAUUCCAUCUGGUCAUGCACGCUGGGGUACAUUUGGAACCAUGUGGCAGGAGAAUCAGCUGAUUAUGAAAAAUGCCAUAGAGGAACCAGUAUCCUCUUUUGCAAGUGAGGCUGAGCAAAAGGCAAAACUUUAUUAUACAUCCUGCAUGGAUCCCAACAAGACAGUAGAAAAACUUGGAGCACAGCCUCUCUUGGAUCUGAUGACUCAAUUCAAGGUCAACCUGUCACACUUUGAUAGCCCUGAUGACGGCUGGAUCUUCCAAGACAUGCUGGAAAAGGUUCAGUUAUAUGACAUUAGCGCUUUCUUUAGCUUGUGGAUUGGAGAAGAUGACAAGAACUCUUCACGAAAUAUCAUUCAGAUUGAUCAGGAUGGUUUGGGACUGCCUGAAAGAGAUUACUACAUCAAUAAAACUAUUGAGGAAGAUAAGGUAUUGUCAGCAUACUUAAAUUAUAUGGUCACCAUUAACAAUUUACUGGCUCCUGGGCGCCACCCAAACCUUACAGAGCAUCUGACUGAGGUCAUCAAAUUCGAGUCAAAACUGGCGGAGAUCACAACAUCUGCAGAGGAUCGUCGUGAUGAAGAAAAGAUUUAUCACAACAUGACAGUUGCUGACUUAAAUCAACUGUACCCAAUGAUUGACUGGCUACACUUUAUAAAUCGAUUACUGGCCACAGCUAAUAUCACCAUAGACAGCUCGGAAGAAGUUGUGAUUUAUGCCCCAGAGUACCUUGAAAAACUGAGUCAAAUUUUGAACUCUACUCUCUCAACCUUGGAGGGCAGACGUGCUGUGAACUUAUACCUGGAGUGGCAUGUAGUAAAGUCUAUGGUUUCCUAUCUGUCCAAGCCAUUUCGCAAUGCAAAGAAGGAGUUUUCUGAAGUUUUGUCAGGAGCCAGUGGUAAAGAAGAUGAGUGGAGGUAUUGCAUCAGUGACACAGACUCUGUACUGGGUUUUGCACUGGGAGCUCUUUUUGUCAAGAAUGCUUUCCAUGGUGACAGCAAAGAAAAGGCAGAAGAAAUGAUUGAAGAAAUCAAGGAUGCUUUCAAGAAUAACCUUCCACACCUGGAGUGGAUGGACUCCUCAACAAGGCAAGCUGCCAUUGAUAAAGCAAAUGCUGUUGUAGAUAUGAUUGGAUUUCCAAAAUACAUCCUCAAUGCAUCCCGCCUGGAUGAAGAAUACAGUGAGCUUCUUAUUAAUGAGUCAGAAUACUUCCUAAACAAUGUACGCAACCUGCACUUUGUCCUAAAGAAGAACAUGGAAAAACUGAACCAGGCUCCAAAGCAAAAUGUGUGGGGAAUGACACCUCCAACAGUUAAUGCUUACUACACACCUGCAAAAAAUGAAAUUGUCUUUCCUGCUGGAAUUCUGCAAGCACCAUUCUAUGAUAAAAAUUUUCCGAAGUCUUUGAACUUUGGAGCAAUGGGCGUGGUGAUGGGACAUGAACUUACUCAUGGCUUUGAUGACCAAGGACGUGAAUUUGACAAAAAUGGAAAUUUGAGACCAUGGUGGAAUGACGCCUCUGUAAAGCGUUUCCAGGAACGGACACAGUGCAUGGCGGACCAGUAUUCUCAGUACACGCUUGGAGGAGAAAAUAUUCGUGGAAAGCAGACUCUGGGAGAAAAUAUUGCAGACAACGGAGGACUGAAAUGUGCCUUCCAUGCUUAUGAAGACUGGCUGAGUAAAAAUGGAGAGGAACAAAUGUUACCAGCUGUUAAUUUGACACACAGACAGAUUUUCUUCCUUGGUUUUGCACAGGUGUGGUGUUCAAGCAGUACAAAGGAAGCUAAUCAUCUUCAGAUAGUCAAGGAUCCUCACAGUCCAGCUAAAUUCAGAGUGAUUGGUACUCUCUCCAACUCCAAAGAUUUUGCUGAGCAUUGGAACUGUGCAGCAGGAUCUUCCAUGAAUCCAGUCAAGAAGUGUGAAGUGUGGUGAGACAACAGCCAGCUGACCCCUCAUUUACUGAUUACUAAAACUACCAUCAAAGCUAAAUUGUUAUACUACAAUGUAUUGCUAUCACUUAGAAACAAGGAAUUAUGAACAAUAACAUAAAUAGACUAACUUAUUUUCUUUUGUGUUAUUGGCUAAGAUUUGUUCAUUUGCGUUUUGGGGCUGGUUUACUUCAGUAAAGAAAGUUGUAUGCUGGCAGAAGUGUAGAGCGUUAAAUGUAAAUACCAUGUUUUUAUAAUUUUCGUAUUAAUGUUGCGCUACAUUUCUUAUUAGUAUGUCUAUGAUCUUGGUCAGAUUAAGGAUAAAAUCAACAAAGAAAAAAUACAUAAAAGAGCAUUUUCUGCAUGGUAGUAUUAUUGCAGAAAUACUUGUGGUAGGAAUUUUUUCAUGUUUUUUAUUCAUUUAAUUGUACAGAAAUAGUAGUAUAAUAUAUAUAGUAUGAUGCUCCAGGCUUUGAAAGGAUUGCAUAUAGAAGUUGGACCAUAAUUUUUCAAAAUUUUACAAUUCAGCAGAAGAGCCAUUUUAAUGAGGUUCAGUCAACAUCUGUUUAGAUUUUUUUUUGCUUGCUAGUUUGGUGAUUUCUACAAGGUUACAGGGAAAUUUUUAGUUGUAGCUUGUUUUACAUUGCUGGCUAAAGUGUUAUCAGGCUUUAUAGGCAUUGUCAGUUAUCAUAGUAGUCAUAAGUAACACACUGUAUACUUGGGAUGAUGUAUGUAAUGAUAAUUGUCAUAUAUCAUUAUUUUGUGGUCUUUUGUAGACAUCUCUUUAUCUUGGCGACCAUUUUAAAGAAAUUUUUUGGUGGGAUCAUUGGAGUUUAUAAAGUAAGAUUUACCCGGUGGAAAAAAGAUGUGUAAGGUUGGUGGGUGGAUAGGGAUUUGUGUGUGUGAGCGCAUGUGUGCGUGCCUUUAAAGAAAGAAAAUGUUACAUGUAUACAUAGUGAAAUGGUUGAGGGGGUAAAGAACUUUAAAGAGAAAUGUAUUUUAAAAUCAAGCUUAAAUUUUGUUCCUUUUUGCACAUUAGCCUUCUUUCUCUCAAUAUAUAUAUAUCCAUUAUCUUUUUGCCCAUUAUGUACAAAUCACCAUUGAAAAUGGUUGUUUCAAAAUGUGUGAAAUAGAUUUUUACCAGUUGUAUUAUUAAAAUCAAGAUGUUUUAUAUAUAUAAGAUGGAUCAAUUUAAGGCUUAAAAAUUACCCUUGGGUAGGACUUGUGUAUUAAUAAGUGAGGCCAGAGUGCUUCCCAGUUCAUUGGUCAAAUGUUUUUAUUAGCAUGUCACAUUUUUUCAGACCAGAAAUUUAUACUGCAGUUUUGGAGAGGUUGGAAUCUCUAAACAGACAUUACAUUUGUUUUGAAAAUCUGUGAUGAUGUGAUGAUUGGGUGUUUUGCCAUUAGUUUAAUUUAGAAGAAUUUUACCAUGGAUUAAACAUUUAAUAUAUCAUCUUCAUUGUUAAUGCUGUCCGCUAGACUUGCUCAUGUUUGCUCUACAAAGAGCAAUUGUAGAAAUAUGAACGUAUAUUGUAAAUUACCAAGAAUGCUCUCAAAUACUGUUUUACACUUUUGAUGUCUUUUUUUGUACCUUUUCAUUGAAAAAAUGUGCUUUCAAUAUUUGCUUGUGUAUUUGCUAUUUGUCAAGCUGUAUUAUUGUUGUAUAUAUUACUGUUAUUGCAUUCAUAACACAAUUUUGUCCCAUGGUGCUUGUUGAAGCUAAAAUGUCUGAAUGUUGUCAUCUGGCAGUGUGUUUAAUUUUAUGUUGUCACUACAUGCUGAAAAAGCAUGUUAUAAAUUCAUGGUCAAGAUAAAUAUUUAGCUUCAUGUAUUUGUUACAUAUUUUAUCAACCUUUUACAUGUUUGGAAAAAGUUACUUUGGUACUUUUUAAACACGUUUAAAUGUACAUUAUGAAAAAAAUUUAAAUAUUAGUGCCAAGUGGUCAGUGUAUUGGAAUAAUUCUUUCAAAGGUAUUGCUAAAGUACAGCAUGAAAAUGAUCUUGAUAUUCUAAAUAUGUGCUUUUUGGGAACAUUGACCACCUUUUUUAAAACAAGAGUUUACAAGUAACAGUAGGUCACAGAUGUAAAAUUCUGUAUAAAGCUCAAAAGUUGUGGUCAAAGAUGUUAAGAGCCAUGCUAAACUGCAGCAGUCCCUUCAGUGGACAAUUUUUCAAGCAGAAGUUGGUCUUCUGUAUUAUAUCAGUUCCUCAACGAUUGUCACAAGUCACAGCACCUAGGAAAGUAUUUACAUACAACUGCGGAACCACAUAGAAAAAAAGCAACAACUUCCAUAAUAUGAAAGUGAAUAAAAAAAUUAUGAUCCCAAACAGAAGAUUACUCUAGUCAAUUUCUUUUCUUUUGAUGCAUUUAUCUUAAAGAUAGCAGAAUUAGGACACUUUUCUGCAUCAGUAACACAUGUCUCUCUAGUCACCACCCAUGCUUUCAUCAAGUAUUGUUGUUUGGUAUGUGCUAACCGUUCUCUGAUGGUUCUAUGGAUGUUGUGUUCCCACACUCCUAGAUUCUAAAAACUCCAUUAGUCUUUUGCAAGUGAUAAUUGCAGUUGUACUUCAAACCCCAGUUACUUUUCAUAAUGAAGUCCAAUUUAUUUACGCAAGGACAGGACUACACAUAUUCAAAACAGUGGUCUAAGUACAAGAAAGCAUUGUGAGAAAAGUGAAGAAUUCAUUUAAUCAAGCAGAAACAUUUAGUCAUGCAUCCUAAAAUAUGUUGAAAUACUGUUCAAAUGUAUAAAAUCAUUUACAGCUAUUACAACUGAGAUACAGUCAGUUGACAAGUUAUUUCACUUUAGCAGAGGCAGUUGGUCUCAUUGCUUAACUUUUUUUGUCUUUUUUCCUCUUUCCUUCCAUUACACACAAUGUCUGUAUACAUAUCAUUCAUUAAUAGGGAAAGAGCUCUAACUUGUAAAUUAGAUUUUAACUGUAAACUUUCUGAUUUAAAUUUCAUGUUUGUAUUGUUAAGGAGCCAUUGUAUACAUCUACUUUAGUUUACAUUUAAAAAGGUUAUCAGAUGUCAUUUUUAAAACUCGGCAGGACAAUCUACAAUGUAAAGUUCAGUAUGUUCAUUUUACUUGUAUCUAUUUACUAAUUUCUUCUGAACAUUUUAACUUCUUUUUUAAUAAAAUUCUUGAUAUUUUCAUAAUCAUUUUGCUUUGCAAGAUCUGAAACAAACACCCAAUAUUAUUAGUAAUUUUAUACACCAACUCAAAUAUGUUUAAUAUAAUUAUUGGUUAAAAAUAUGUGUUAUUUUUUAAUAGAUCACAUUGCGAAAGCAAGCAUUUCAGAAUGUCAGUCUUGCAGGGAAGCUUUUGAAUGCAACACUUGUCAUUUUAUGAAAAUAUUUCAGAUUUCUUUUAUUCGCUGUGGUAUGUCUUAAUUGCUCUAUCAUUUUUUGAUAGAUACCAAAGUUAUCCCCUGCAAUACUCUGCACUCACCUUGCAAAAACUAGUACAAAAAUUGGCGAUCUGUUCUGGAAUUAGUCAUUUAUACUGCAGUUCUAUUUACUUUAUUUGUGUAACACCCAUGGAAAUCUUUGUGUGGCUUUAUGGGAUUGCUGAAUCCAAAGAGUUGCAUUUGUCAGUGUACAGCAACUUAUACCUGUAACAAGUCUGUUAUAGCCAAAUCAUAUUAAACAGGUAUGUCAUCUCC